GAAAAAACCGGCGUUCCCGUCGACCCACAACUUCAGCAGCCAGCAUAGCCUCGCGGAUCUGGAUGAAGAAAUCCAGAAAGAGCUGGCGGCGCAGCUCGGCGGCUCCUCCUCCACGGAGGCCGCCGCGCAGAAGAUUCUGCUGGAGCAGACCGCUAAGCUGCGGGGCACUCUGCUGCCCCAGCAGCAGUACAUGAUCGUGAAAAUCCGGAUCUUCGUCGCCCAGAUGAUGUGCGGCCUGCACAAAACGAACGGCCUCGAGGCCUUCAUGACCUACCUCGGGCACUUCCUGUCGCUGAGCGCGGAGUACACCUACAAGGUGGCGGUGAAGUAUGAGGAGGAUGUCUUCAAAAAAGCGGAACACACCGCAGGCCUCCGCGACCACAAGAAGUACGUUGAAAAGUUUCGCGCGUACGAUGUCCGCGACGCGGACAUGAAGCAGAAGCAAAUCCUCGAUAAGGAAAAGCUGGAAAAGGAGAAAAAGGAAAAGGACCGCAAGUCCCAGCAGGAGACAAAGGGCGGCCCGAAAGGUGGAAAAGGAAAGAAAAAGGGCGGCGCGCAGCACCAGCGCGACGGCCCGUACACUGGCAAAGGCAACCAGGACAACUACUAUGAGUCCUACUACGAGAACGAUUCCUGGCAGCAGGGUGGCAAGGACAAGAACGCGGGAAAGCCCUCGGGCAACAGACAGUCCGGCAAGCCGGGCGGCGGGGGGCAGCAAGGGCAGAAGCCGAAGGUCUACACCCAGGAGGAGUGGGACCAGUACUACCAAACCCAGCGGUCCUCGAAAAAGGCCGACGACCCCUGACUAGCCCCCGUGGCAGACGGGGAAUCCCGGCAAGAUACAAAGCUCGUGGGCGUAGCCACGCAGGAAUCAAAAAGUAGCAACUCAACUUUUCGCACUGCCACACGCAGCAGUGCGCCCACCA